AUGCCUCUGUUCGAUCUAGGAUCGCUGUUCCUUGACCACGUUGUCUUCAUCACCAACCUCGUCUAUAUGAACAUUGCCCUCUCCAACGCUGAGCCCAGUCUGCUCUUCCCGCUCUAUGUUGUAUCAAAGUUGCUGGCAAGAGGACCAGAAGACUGGGACUCUCCUACGGCAAAAUGGCCCCCACCCAUGAAAUGGUAG